CAGAUAUUCAAAAAUGUUUCAUAAACGAUCAGUGCUUUCUUGAUUUUUUGUGCAUCAGUUUCUAAUGUAUUAUAAUGUCUAAGUUAGUGAGUUUGAGUGACACAGUGUAUUAUUCAAUACGGGACAAAUGGUACAUGUUGAAAUCUUACACGCGGACGGGCACAGACGGUGGAGGGGAUGGCGGCACCCUGGAUAUGGGCAGCCGCUCCUCGCUCCACACCGGCCUGCACAUGUCAGAGGACGAGCAUUGGGAGAUGAACUACCAUGAGGCGGCCAUUUAUUUAGAAGAAGGUCUUAACAACGAGAAGUUCGACUCGCAUCCGUCGAGCCCGGAGGAGCUGCCGGCGUACUUGCGGGUCCACAACCCCUGGUACCACGGGCUGGACUUACUAGCAUCACUAGUUUUGAUACUAUUGGCCUUCACUGAGGACCCGGCUGUGCCUACGUUUGAGCUUCCAGUAUGGGCGCACGGCACGAUAGAGCUGAUGGCGCUGACGGUGAUCGGCAUCGAGCUGCACCUCAAGCUGAAGUGGAUCGGCUGGAGCACCAUCCUCAAACACAAGAGGACUAUGAUAAAGGGUAUAACCCUGCUGAUAAUGGUGCUGGAGGCAGUGGUGGUGGUGUGCCGGCAGUCUUCCCACUUCAGAGUGACGCGGGCGCUGCGGCCCAUAUUCCUGGUGGACACGCGGCACUGCGGCGGCGUGAGGCGGUUCAUACGGCAGAUACUGCAGAGUCUACCGCCCAUUAUUGAUAUGUUAGGGUUACUGAUGUUCUUCGUGGCGACGUACUCGCUGCUCGGGUACUAUCUGUUCUCGGAGCAUGUCGACAACGGACACUUCAAGACCAUCAGCGAUUCGUUUGUCAGCAUGUUUGUUUUACUAACCACGGCCAAUUUCCCAGACGUUAUGAUGCCGUCGUACGCCAAGUCCAAGUGGUACGCGCUGUUCUUCAUACUGUACAUCAUCACCGUCCUCUACGUGCUCAUGAACUUGAUGUUGGCCGUAGUUUACGAAGCGUUCACUCGCAUCGAGCGCGAGAAGUGUCGCGCCUUGCUCCUGCACCGUCGACGCGCCACUCGCCACGCCUUCCGCCUGCUGGUCUCUCGCCGGGCUCCCCUGGCCGUCAGACUGCGGCACUUCGCCGGCCUGGUGCGACGAUACGCACCACGAUACUCCUCGUUGGACGUGCUGCUAAUGUUCAAGCAGUUGAACCAGUCUGGUUCGGGAGGGUUGUCGAGGGCAGAGUUCGCGAAUGUGUACGAGGUGUUCGCGUUGCGGUGGGCCGCUCAGACGACGAGGGCGCCGUGGUAUGCGCGGUCGAAGAUCGAGCCGCUGGCGAGAGCGGCGUCCGCGUUGACACGGUCGCCGCAUUUUGAGCAUUUCAUAUACGCGCUGAUCGUGUGUAACGGCAUCGCGAUGGUGGCGCGCGUGCUGGAGGCGGCGGGCGGCCUGCAGGACAGCGCGCGCCUGCUGUGCGCCUCCUGGGACACCUGGCUCUUCCUCUCGCUGUUCCUCCUGGAGGCAUGUAUCCGCAUGCUGGCGUUGGGCCUGGGCGCGUACCUGGAGAGCGGGUGGAACGUGUUCGACCUGAGCGUGACGCUGCUGGCGCUGAUGGGCGCCGUGCUGCUCUCCAUCGCGCCCAAACUGUUCAUCGUCGUUAUAUUCAGGCCGCUGAGGUUAAUGCGUCUGUACAAGCUGAAGAAGCGUUACCGCGACGUGUUCGGCACGCUGGUGCUGCUGUCGCCGCUGAUGUCCUCCGCCGGCUGCGUGAUGCUCGUCAUGUACUACUUCUUCGCGAUCAUAGGGAUGGAGCUCUUCGCCUCGUACGACUUGAAGAAUUGUUGCAUCAACACAACCGUCGAAGACUUCUACAAAUACUCAUCAAAUGGUUCAACAACGCUCGGCUACUACUACCUGAACAACUUCGAGAACAUUCUGACGUCAGGCGUGACGUUGUUCGAGCUGACGGUUGUGAACAACUGGUUUAUACUGAUGAACGCGUACGCAAGUGUCGCGGGACAGUUUACCAGACUGUAUUUUAUGGUAUUCUACCUGUUCACGAUGGUGGUGUUGACGAUCGUGGUGGCGAGCGUGCUCGAGGCUUUCCGCUUCAGGAUACAAUACAAGAGGAGCACCACCAAGAGAGACGAGGAGAAGUUGUUGCACGAAGAGGUGCAUACGAGUUGGGAAGAGGCGCAAAGUUUGGGCGCUAGCGGAGACCUCGCGGAGGACCUGAGGCCGUACCUUCCGCCAGGGAUUGAAGUAACGUUCAUCGGCUCAAGGCCGAGGACGAAGGAAGUCCUGCAGAGGAGGAUGUAUCAGACGGAGAUACAGAAGUGGCUCGCGGAGGAGGACGAGAUUGAGGGUCUACCCCCCUCAACAACGGUGACAUCAAGCGAGGAUCCGCUCGCCCCCCCACUGAUCCACCAACCAGAUAACGAGCCCAACCACCAAGUCCGCGCUGGCUACCAGUUGUAGAACAUGAUCAACCUGGCCCUCUACCACAGGCUCAUGUUCAUAUGGGACGCGAUAAAGACUUUAUGAUGAUACAUCCGCGGGUGGAUGUUUGUGUGAGCAUGUUGAAGUGUUAAACAUCUGGAUUGACUCAUGUUGGCUGAAUGGUUUUAGUUUCUUUGCAUAAAAAUCUUGUAGACUAUUUGAUAGGGUGAUGGUCUCUAUGGCAGAGAGGUCUUUGUCAUCUUGUGCAAAAAAAUAACCAAGGAAUUUUUUAACAUUAUUAUAUUGGUAAUUGCCAAGUUUUAAAAAUCAUGGCCUCUUAAGUCUAACUUUAAGACUAUAUCUAAAUGAACAAGUUUAAUUUCAUAUUUUUUUCAACUAUCCACAGUAGGAACAUCAAAACUAGUAACAAUGGACAUAGAACAGAGGUAUAGCUUUUAAAGGUAUGAAACAUCCACAAACCGCGGUAUUGAGUCAUUUAGCAUAAAAGCUGAUAAAAAAUAGUAAAGAUCGAAUAUUUAUUGUGUGUACCUAUUUGUGUUAUUAUAGGCAGCUUAUUACGAUUAAGGCUGAUUUUUCAAUCAGUUGAAAGUUAUUCUUAAAAUAAAAUGUAUCCCAGACAAAUAAAAAAUACACUUGCUUGAAUAAAAUAGGUUAACAGUUUGACUCUUCUAUUCAACCAGGUUAUAAUUUAUUUACGGCAGAUUUUAAGAAACGAUUCCCAUUUCAAUCUCCCAUUCGAUCUCGGAAAUAAACAAACCAAAAUAAGUCAUUUAUAAACAAAAAAUAUUUUUUUCUGAUUGGCUUAUUUCCGCAAUGGAUUGUAAAAAAGAUAUGAUUGUUUAUAAAAAACGGCGGUUGAUAAGUAACUUUGUUGAAUUUUUGAAAAAUCAGUCUUAAAAAUAUUAAACGGCAGCUAAACAUACUCACCGAGAUUAGUCGCUUGAGUCUCGUAUCAAAGAUUUUUUUAUUGUAUAUUGCCUAUGAAGCAUUCCUGUGACAGAGUAAGAGAGAGAAAGAUGCGUAAAACAGCUGGUGUGAAAGAGAUAGAUACAUGCUUCUCCUUCGUUCGAUAUUUAGAUAGUAUUUCACAGGUAUUUUUGAAAUAAUGGUAUUAAAAUGAUAUUUCUGAUAACAAUGAGAUUAUAGAAAGAUUUAAAAAACGCUGAGCGUAAUGCGUGAUAAUUAAUGCUUUUUUAAAAUUAUGCUUGAUUUAAUUUGAAGUACAUUUAAUUCCACUAAUAGCAUAAUAAAUUGCCAUUAAUACUUCGCAUAGUUAGUUAUAUUUUAAAAUUGGAAUAAAAUUGUGAUAAUGGAAUACUUUAAGGAUGGGACGAUACUAUUAAUUUUAUCGAUUUUUUUUUAAAUUACCUUUGUUUUCAUAAUUACUUAUGAUUAUGUCGAUGAAAUAUAUCGAUACUUGAUUCAUCUAUAGCUAAAAGUGUAGUCUGAAUUUUUUUUGGUUUAGAAUAUUCAACAGAUCUUUUAAACUUAACAUUUCAUCUAGUUAGUGCUUAGAGUUCACGUAUUAGAUAGUAAGCCACUGGAAAAUACCCUUAUAAAUUAUUAACCUUAUAAAUCAAUGGUUAAAAUAAUUUAUUUUUGAGUAUGAUUGUUUGUGUGUCAGCUACUUCACUGUGAUAGACGUUUGAAAUGUUAGAUGAACAAUUUUAUUUUCGCGUAGAGUAAACGUAGUUAGUCCCAUGAAAUAUUAUUAUUAGACUCCGAUUUUACGUUCAGAAACGUUUAGUAUUUUUAGCAAGGUGGUAUAAGAAUUUGUUAUAUUAGCUAGUAAUAUGUCACAAUAAUGUACGGUUCGGUUCGAUGUCUUACAGGGUAGUCGAAUAGAAGAGUACUCGGGUAUCGAGUAAUAAUAGUGUAAGUAAAGCUCUACGUAUAUAAUUUAAUCAACUAAUCGCUAACCAAAGUGAAAAUAAUUUAUCUAAAUGUUAAUGUAUUAUAAAACGUAAAAGUAAAUAACUUUAGAGAAUUAAAUAAAUCAUAUGCAUAAUUUAGAACAAGUAUAUAACACUGUGGCUAUAGAAAACCAUAUAAUACUUUAUCGACAAUAAUACGUCGAUUGAUUGAAUAAAUUAUAAACAUUAAUAUGAAAUCGAGAGGGUUUGAGUAAGUUUCUCCUUUAGUGAUAAAUUGCCUUUGUAGAGCAUAAGUUGUGCAUUGCGCGAGUGAUUUCAGCAUUCUAAACUAUUUAAGUGUUGUAGGAGCCAAAUACGAGGGGUGUAAUAUUAAGACCAGAGACAUGCGCCUUUUAGCGGUAACAGCGGAGUGAAGUGUCGAUAAAUAAUAUUCAAAAGUUUAUUACUGGGUUCAUACAUUUUCUCUUGUUUAAAGUGAUAUUUCGGACAGUUAUGCCGACCAUGUAUAGUUACUAAAUAAUGUUACGUUACAGUCAGUAAAUAAUAAUUUGCGAGCCACUAAGAUAUGAAAUAGAUUAAAUUCCGACGCGUCAGUAAGUGAACGAGUUAUUAAUUAGGCAAAAUGAUAAGUGUACCUAGUGAUUACAUAAUCUGUAUUAUAUUAUGUAUACAGAAGAGAAUUUUUUGUCGUUUUAGCUAAAAUGUUCGCAAUUAAGGCAUUUUCUUCCCUCUUAAUAGCCUUUGGUGGCCAGAUUAUAUGCAAUGAAAGCUAUAAAUAUGCAUAAUAUCCAUUACAUUUUUAAAACAUGUAAGUCAAUACGCCAAACUCUGAAUGUAGUCCUGUCACUAAGAAUUCGCGGUUAGAAAAUAGCCGCCAUAGAUAGAAUAAUAGAUGUUCGAUAAUGUAAAAUAUAGUCAUUAUUGUGAUAAGUAUUAAUGUUAUGGACCAUAAAGCGAAUUAUGUACUGUUUUAUUUUUUUAGUACAUUUUUAAUUUUGACCAAAUAAUGUUUGUGACGUCUAAUUAUUUUGUAAUGUUUUACUCACUGUUGUGUUAUUUCAGUAUUAAACUAGAUUCUUUUUAAAUUAUUGUUUUGAUAAGUUAUAAUUUAUGUGACUACCAUAAAAGUAAUGUAUUUGCCAUUUAUGUAAUAUCGAUAGAUCAUUUCAUCGACACGGCCACAUCACACCGGGUUUUUUUUUCACAAAAUAGAUAAAUAGAAUGAUAUAAAACAUUUGAUAUAUUUUUUAUAGAUUAAUAUCAAAUAGCUAUCUACAAUAUUCAUUAGCUUGAUAUAUUUUGGAAGUAUGUAUAUCUAUCGAAAUUAUAAUAAAUGGCAUCUUUGUGAAUCGAAAUUAUUUUUAAAUCCAUUUUAUUAGCUAUUUAUUUGAAUUAAGAACACCGAUUAGUUAGGGCUUAGAUGUGUCAUUAACUAAUAAAUGUGAAAAUUAGCUCUAAUAAUGUAUGUAUAGUUGAAUGGUGCUUUCGCUUAUACAAGCAAUCUAAAGAAUCGUAAAUAGAGGAAUGUAGUCAGUAUUGCAAUAAUAUUAUAGAUUGUCAAAAGAUAGGUAGCUAUGCACUUAGGUCUGGGGUAAAAAUAAUCAUAAAAAAAUAGAUAGGUAUACUAUUUUAUUUGCGCUUACGCAUGAGGAUUCCAAACUUGGCUGGAUAAUUUUCUUGUCUUUUUAAAGUCUGUAAUUAGAUAAAAAUAUUUAUUUUGACAAUUUAUAAAUUUAUUGACUUUAUCUUAGAAUGACCCCGGUAAUAGGAAAUUGAAAAAACUUAGAACGUAGUCCAUAGAUGUUUGUUUUUAAUUCAUAAACAAGAUAGGGCAAUUAUAGGAGGUGUGAAGACAAAAAAGGUCUUUUCGUGAAUAAGCUGGUAUAAAAAAAUCUCGACUUGUUUGAAACAAAUUAUUUUCCAUAGAUUUAUAUCACAAAACAUAUUUAUUAAUAGAGUCCAUAUUUCAAUAAUUUUAACAAAUUAGAAAAAGAUAGAAAUUUCUGGGUUUAUGAAAGAUAGCUAGACAAAAGUACAACACCUCAUUUCUUUUUAUUAGUAUUUCGCUGAAUCGUAAUCUAUUUUUUUUCUUUUAUUUAUGCUGUGAUGUCUUCCAUUAAAUAUAAAAUAAUUUAUUUCAUUAUAUCAUUCAGACCCAAUAUAUUUUUUAUUUGAAGUAACUUUUUUAUUUUAUUCUUAAUACACGAAAUAUUGUUCUUUCAUGAAAUUUGCCUGUCAACUUUUAAGCAAAAUUCGUUAGGUCUAAACUCGAAUCUAGUUUUGUAGUUUAUUAUAAAAACAUAUUGCCCAAUUAAAAUCAAUAUGAGUAUUGACACAGCAUUUUUCUCCAAUCCUCAGUUCAAGUACUCAGGUCAAACCACUGAGUUUGCUAUUUGCAUUUUAUUUGUCUGAAACUGACAACCGAAUAGGCUUGCUUCCUAGUACAUUGGCGGAAAACUUCUGGCGCGUUCUUUAAGCUUGCAUCCCUACCUACCCUGUCUCCGGGAUGGCGUGACCGUAUGAUAAUAAAUAUCUGUCUAUUAUGUCUGACAAUAAGCGAAUUAUGUGUUUUUGUUGUUUAUAGUUCAGUUAUCCCAAAAUAUAAAGCUAUUAUGUUCAUCGUCACUUAUUUGUGUUGAAAUACUUACUGGCUCUAGUUUUUUUAAUUACUGUGCCAACACUUAAAAAGAGUUCAACACUGCCAUCGGUACUGCCCUAAUAUUUAUACUAUAUUAUCUUUUGUCUCAAUGUAAAUAUUAUUAAUUGUAUCAAGUUUUAAAAAAGGUAUUUUUUAUUAUGAGCACGAUAACUCAAGGCAUUAUUUGAAUAUUAACUUAAAAAAAAACUCAAAUUGGUCGGUAGCGAAAUAUUGAACCUAAUUUAAACCUUAAGAAACAUUCUGUCAAAAUUGAAAAUACAAUAGAUAGUAGCGCGAAAUAUCCCAUUUAUAUUCGAAUUAAGAAUCCAUUCUUAUUAAACGCCUUGCGCCAUCUAUUUUUCAACUUAUGUUUGUUGAUUCCCACCAGCUGUUAUGGUUAAUUUAUCAUGGUAAAACUCUUGUAAAACCAUAGUUUAAAUGAAUUCUGGUGUAUUUUGGACACAUUUAAGUGACGAUCAAAGCUUCGAGUUGUACAAACUGGGCUAAUUGUUACAAUAUUAAGUUUUGUAUGUUGUAUUUCACAUCGUUGAACAGCAAGUGUGUAUGUUGAGUUAAUUUAUUGUGGAAUAAAUGCACUUUUAGGUAA